AUGCAACAAGACAACUCUACAAUCGAUGUGACCUCCAAUAACAAAAAUACACUUCCGAAAAUUAUUGUUUGUGCUGGAAGUACAGGAGUGGGAAAAUCUGCAUUGGCCUUUGCUUUGGCAAAAUAUAUUAAAGAGAAGGAACAAUUAUCAUUUUGGAAAUCUGCUUCAAUUAUUAAUGCAGAUGUGAUGCAAAUUUAUGAAGGACUGCCAAUUACAACUAACAAGCCUUCUCCUUCGGAAAUGGAACAAGUUAAACAUUAUUUUGUUGGAGAAAAAGCAGGAGUAGUCUCGGACAGAUCUGAACUUUAUACAGUUUUAAAUUAUCAAAAGGAUUGUCAUGAGUUAUUUGAAAAUGAAUUAUUCUUGAAGGGAAAUGUUCCUAUUAUUUGUGGAGGAACUAAUUAUUAUAUACAAUCGGUGAUUUUUGACCAGUACUUGAUUGGAAAGGCAGAGGAUAGUAAUGGUGGACAGUACAAUGAAACCAAAGAGGAUGAAGAAGAUAUGAAAAAUUAUACGUAUGAAAGAUUGAAGGAAAUAGAUCCAGAAUCUGCCAAGUUAAUCCAUCCUAAUGAUAUUAGAAAGAUUAAAAAGAGAAUUCUACUCUUUGAAAAUAAUCAACAGGUUUUUACUGAAGUAUUAGAAUCCAAGCAAGACAAGCAGAGAACGCUUAAAUAUGACUGCCUAUUCUUUUAUCUUGCAUGUGAUAAUCGAGGAGUUCUGAGAAAGAGAAUCGAGGACAGAGCUGUUCAAAUGAUGGAUAAUGGUCUGUUAGACGAAGUUGUUAAAUAUCACAAAUAUUUAAUCGACAAUAAGGAGUCACUGAGCUUGUCGUUUGAGCAUGGUGUACUACAAUCAAUUGGAUAUAAGGAAUUUUUACCCUAUCUAAAAUAUCUGGAGGAAAUUAAUGAUUUGGAGGAUGUAAACACCUCUGAUGAGGCUAUUGUUAAGAAAAAGCAAGCUCUCAAAAAGCAAUGUUUAGAAGCUCUCAUUAACAGUACAUUUAAGUAUGCCAAGAAGCAAGAAACAUGGUAUAGAUCCUCUUGGGCAAGUGCUAAAUUGCCUCUCGUCUCUAGUGGUAAAUUGUUCAAGUUUGACAUUUCUGCCUCAUCACCCACUGAUAUUAUUCAAAGUGCUCAAGAAAUUACCACACACUUUUUGGGUGGCCAAGAAAUCCCUCAACACUUGAAAGAUAACUAUUGUGUUGAAAAACCAUACGAGAAGAAUCCAAACCAUCCUGGAGAUGAAUCCAAAACAUAUCUCUGUGAAAAAUGUGGAAGUACUCAUGUUGGCUACACAGAAUACAAAAAGCAUCUCAAAACCAGACUCCAUAAGAAGAGAAAGAAUAAUGAUAAAUCUUCCGCAAAUAAGCAAAAAAAGGAAGAUGAUUCAGAAGUCAACCAAUCCAUUAACGAACCUAACAAUGAAAAUAUUACACUAGCUACCAACUUGCCAAAUGAGGAAAAUCCCAUUAGUAAUCUCACUGCAGCAACAGAAUCAACAAAUGCACCAGAGGAGGAGUUAUUAAUUGGGAUUCAAUUCUCACAGUGAACGUUUCAGAGUAUUUACGAUUAGCUUACGAGUACGUUAAGGACUUUGAAGAUUAUCCGAAAAAUAUUGUGGAUCCGAGUGCAGACAAUCAAAUUACAAUUAAUUUAGAGUUGAGCAACUACAUUGAUGUUGGAGUAAUCGAAAUCUCCCUUGAAGAUUCUUAUUAAAAUGAAAAAACG